AUUGUUCCUGUUCUCUUUCUUAAGUCAUUUGAAACAUUGUCCCUGCGAGUUCUUUAAGUUCCCUGCAAUCUGUACACAAGAGAAGGAGGGAGAGAGAGAGGGAGAGAGACAGAGAGAGCAAGGGAUCAGGUAAAGCACUGGGGCUGCUGCAGCCAUUCAGACUCAGGAGCUGGAAAAUUGCCAAGGAUGCAGAAGGAAAUGAAGAUGAUCAAAGAUGAGGAUGUGCAUUUCAGUUUGGGUGUGAAGAGAGCCCCCUCCUUUCCCCACUGCCUGCAGCCAGUGGUUUCCCGAGGGAAGGCUCCCCAAAGACACCCCUUCCCAGAAGCUCUCCGGGGGCCUUUUUCCCAAUUUCGGUAUGAACCUCCUCCGGGACACCUGGAUGGAUUCCCGGGGGUCUUUGAAGGAGGAGGGUCUCGGAAACGGAAGAGCAUGCCCACCAAGAUGCCCUACAACCACCCUGCGGAAGAAGCCCCUCUCGCCCUCCAUGAGGAGAGCAAAAACCACGGCCCUCCGAACCUCUCUCUGCUCUUCCCGCAGCCCCCGCGCCCCAAGUAUGACUCGCAAAUGAUCGACCUGUGCAACGUUGGCUUCCAGUUCUACCGCACCCUGGAACACUUGGGGGGCAAGCCCGUCAAGCAGGAGCCCGUGAAGCCCAGUGCUGUGUGGCCCCAGCCGUCCCCCGCUCCGUUCCUGCCCACGCCCUACCCCUACUACCCCAAGGUACCCCCGGGCCUCAUGUUCCCCUUCUUCAUGCCCUCGGCCUCCCCCUUCCCCUUCAGUCGGCACACCUUCCUGCCCAAGCAGCCCCCGGAAGCGCUGCUGCCGCGCAAAGCCGAGCCUCAAGAGAGCGAGGAGACCAAGCAGAAGGUGGAGAGGGUGGAUGUGAACGUGCGCAUUGACGACAGUUACUACGUGGACGUGGGCGGGGCGCAGAAGCGCUGGCAGUGCCCCACCUGCGAGAAGUCCUACACCUCCAAGUACAACCUGGUCACCCACAUCCUGGGCCACAGCGGGAUCAAGCCGCACGCGUGCACGCGCUGCGGAAAGCUCUUCAAGCAGCUCAGCCACCUGCACACCCACAUGCUGACCCACCAGGGCACGCGGCCCCACAAGUGCCAGGUGUGCCACAAGGCCUUCACGCAGACCAGCCACCUGAAGCGCCACAUGAUGCAGCACAGCGAGGUGAAGCCGCACAACUGCCGCGUGUGCGGCCGCGGCUUCGCCUACCCCAGCGAGCUCAAGGCCCACGAGGCCAAGCACGCCAGCGGGCGCGAGAACAUCUGUGUGGAGUGCGGCCUCGACUUCCCCACUUUGGCCCAGCUGAAGAGGCACCUCACCACGCACCGGGGGCCCAUCCAGUACAGCUGCUCCGAGUGCGACAAGACCUUCCAGUACCCGAGCCAGCUGCAGAACCACAUGAUGAAGCACAAGGACAUCCGUCCCUACAUCUGCUCCGAGUGCGGCAUGGAGUUCGUGCAGCCGCACCACCUCAAGCAGCACUCCCUCACGCACAAGGGCGUGAAGGAGCACAAAUGUGGGAUCUGUGGACGGGAGUUCACUCUGUUGGCCAACAUGAAGAGACACGUGCUGAUCCAUACCAACAUUCGCGCCUACCAGUGUCACCUCUGCUACAAGAGUUUUGUGCAGAAACAGACCCUCAAGGCACACAUGAUCGUCCACUCUGACGUGAAGCCUUUCAAAUGCAAGCUGUGUGGGAAGGAAUUCAACCGGAUGCACAACCUAAUGGGUCACAUGCACCUGCACUCUGACAGCAAACCCUUCAAGUGUCUCUACUGUCCGAGCAAAUUCACCCUAAAGGGGAACCUGACACGCCACAUGAAAGUCAAGCACGGGGUCAUGGAGCGGGGCCUCCAUUCUCAAGGUUUUGGAAGGGGGAGAAUGGCCCUGGCCCCGGCGGCGGGAGUGCUCAGGAGUCUGGAACAGGAGGAGCCCUUUGACCUUUCCCAGAAGCGUGGGGCAAAGGGGUCAGUGUUCCAGUCCGAUGGGGAGAGCGCCCGGGGCAGCCCCUGCCACGAGGAAGAGGGGGAGGACACCAGCUGUGAGGUGGGGCGAGACAGCCCGGGCCCGGCCCCGCAGAGCAGGCAGCCCUGCACACCCCACGGUCUACCCGCCCAGCCCGAGCCGGCUCCCGGGGCCCUCGAGGACCCCUGUGAGGAGCAAGAGGAGGACGACGAUGAGGACAAGCCCAGAGGAGAGCACCAGGAGGGGAGCAAGGACAGCUGCGGGGCAGAGGGCAGCCCGGAGAGACACUUUGCCCUCAGAGAAGAGUGUCUCCGCCUCAGGGCUCUGCAGAGCGCCCGGCGGGGCCCCUCCUUUUCUGAUUACUUGUACUUCAAGCACAGAGAUGAGAGUUUAAAAGAAUUACUGGAGAGGAAAAUGGAAAAACAAGCAGUGCUUUUAGGUAUCUAAGUGGACAGUUUUCAAAUUGCAUUUGGAAAAUGAGAACUAGGCAGUUCAAAUAUAGAUUUCUGCAUGAGUUGUCAUUUGCUGGAGACUGGCAAAUGGUGCAAAUCUUUAUAAAUGGCUCAGACUACACGAGCAGGGAUUUGUCCUCAGUAAUGUAAACGCUUCUCAGGUCUCUCCUUGGGCCCUUGAUUUCUAACACACAUGCAGGGUCCUCUUCAGUGCUAUUUUAUGCAUCUUCACUGUAAUAGACUGUACAUAUCCUAGAUACCUAAUUGUAAGCUGAUGCCGAGGUGCUUUUAGAAAGUCUAUUUUCCUUUGACUAAUAUGCAAUACACGGGGAAUUUUUUUUAGUUGCAAAAAUAUGGUGCUUGACACGUUACCUUAUCAAUGAUGAUUUAGUUGAAUGUGUGGAAGUUAUCAUAUUUUUCCAGAUAGAUGAAAACAUUCCUACUUGUAUAUAUGAAAAUCACCUUUAUUAAAUAAGCCAAGACACCAGAAAUGACAAGAAGAGUGAGGUAUUGAAGAGGAUAUUCUCAAGUGGUUGCUGCAGAUAUAAGAGAGAAGUUUAAGGAAAUAUGAAUAAUUUCAACUAAUGAAAAACCAGCAGGACUGAGCUUCCUGCCUGGGUCUGCCUUGUUCUGCUCCAGGUGCCUUCAUCAGAUGUGGAAUUUGGAGCGUAUUUUCAGAUGGCCCCAAAGUGGUCAGUGUCUGCAGGCUCACCCCUUGUGUCCUGAGCAGAGCUCCCUCCUGGAGACCUUGAUUCUGAGGCCCUGUGCCCCAUAAAAGUAGCUGCAGG